CAGGCUGCACUUAGCUCAAGGGGCCUCGAGGACUCUCUGCGUCUCUGGAGACAAGGGCACUACACGCACUUCAGAAUGAAGAGUUGCGGGAGCAUGCUGGGGCUCUGGGGGCAGCGGCUCCCCGCGGCGUGGGUCCUGCUUCUGUUGCCUUUCCUGCCGCUGCUGCUGCUUGCAGCCCCCGGGCCCCACCGCGCGUCCUACAAGCCGGUCAUCGUGGUGCAUGGGCUCUUCGACAGCUCGUACAGCUUCCGCCACCUGCUGGAAUACAUCAAUGAGACACACCCCGGGACUGUGGUGACAGUGCUCGAUCUCUUCGAUGGGAGAGAGAGCUUGCGACCCCUGUGGGAACAGGUGCAAGGGUUCCGAGAGGCUGUGGUCCCCAUCAUGGCAAAGGCCCCUCAAGGGGUGCAUCUCAUCUGCUACUCGCAGGGGGGCCUUGUGUGCCGGGCUCUGCUUUCUGUCAUGGAUGAUCACAAUGUGGAUUCUUUCAUCUCCCUCUCCUCUCCACAGAUGGGACAGUAUGGAGACACGGACUACUUGAAGUGGCUGUUCCCCACCUCCAUGCGGUCUAACCUCUAUCGGAUCUGCUAUAGCCCCUGGGGCCAGGAAUUCUCCAUCUGCAACUACUGGCAUGAUCCCCACCAUGAUGACUUGUACCUCAAUGCCAGCAGCUUCCUGGCCCUGAUCAAUGGGGAAAGAGACCAUCCCAAUGCCACAGUAUGGCGGAAGAACUUUCUUCGUGUGGGCCACCUGGUGCUGAUUGGGGGCCCUGAUGAUGGUGUUAUUACUCCCUGGCAGUCCAGCUUCUUUGGUUUCUAUGAUGCAAAUGAGACCGUCCUGGAGAUGGAGGAGCAACUGGUGAGCCCCCUGGGAUUACUUCCCCUUCUAGCCGCUGUCCCACCUUAUUCCAGAGCCCUCUCUGUGACUCCUGAGCUGAAGGGUUCACCCUGUGGGGAGGUGGUCCAGGAUCCCAGCAGUAACUCACUUUGUCUCUCCUUGUGUCUCUCUUCCAUGCUUCCACGCCCCUUCGACCACCUUGAAGGUUUAUCUGCGGGAUUCUUUUGGGUUGAAGACUCUAUUGGCCCGGGGGGCCAUAGUGAGGUGUCCAAUGGCCGGGAUCUCCCACACAGCCUGGCACUCCAACCGUACCCUUUAUGAGACCUGCAUUGAACCUUGGCUCUCCUGAGGAUAUAUUCAGGGGUCCCCAGGAACUCCUCGGUCCAGAGACCAAGUGGUGGCCUUGGAAAGCAGAUGUCAGGCUUUGGUGUGCCUGUGACCACCUCAUUGCUCCCAUAUUAUCCCCCGUUUUUAGUAGAGACGGGGUUUUAGUAGAGACUUGGCCUCCCAGAACCCCCUUCCUCUGCUCCUCCAUGAAUGACAAUUCCAGGCCUCCCCUACCUCAUGUCCUCUCAUUUGGGGGAUUGCUCCAUGCUGUCCCUUUCUCUCAAGGCCGAAGUUGGGAAGUGAGAAACCAUGUUUUUAACUUGUGGCUGCUUUUGCUGCUGCUGCUCCUCCGUAUCUGGCUGUAUGGGUGGAGAACCCACCCCCUGCCCACCACAGGGGUCUCCUUCCAGGCCACUCAGGACAUUUUUAGCUUCUCUUCUCCCCAUGUUCCCUUUUUUCUCUGAAGUCCCCUGACAUCAGCCCUCCCAACUCCUAAGAGGGACUAUCCAUGAGAGUGGGGUUCUGAGGCUCCCCUAUGGGGACAGUUCCGUUCUUGAAGUGUCAGUGUUGGGGAAUAUCUGUGGCCUAUGAGGCCCAUCUCAGGUUUGGGGAUCCCCCAGUCCCUAUGAUCAGUGUUGGAGUACCCCCCUGGGAGAGCCUAGUUUCUUUGAGGCCCCAGGCCCUCUUUUAACUACCUUUGAAUAGGUGUUAUCCCUGUAUUUACGGAAAUAAAGUUCCAUUUCCUCA